ACCGCCGUCCAUUUAGAUUACCAACCAACAAUCCACCACGUCGCAGACGAUCAUAACAUCAAUUUUUGUUAUUUAUUUUUUAUAUUUUUAAAAACUCAAGAACGACGGGAGAAACAGAGAGACUGGUUGGUAGCUAUCGUUCCUCUCCUCUGUUGUCUUUCUCAAGGUACGAUCUUGUUCGCCGUUUUCUCUCGCAAGAAGCAGCAAUUAUUUUUUUUUUUUUAUCAAAUUUCAUGUUUUAGGCCGUUUCAAUUAUCACUAAAUCAUACUUCUAGCUUCCACUUCCCAAUCAUCUUUCUAUUUUCUUUACCCGAUUGCAAGUAAUCACUAAUUUUGAAUUCUAGGGUUUUGGUUUUUUUGAUAUUUUCUAUAAUAAGAGAAGAGGAUAGAGAUCAAAAUUAAUUAUCAGAACGAUUAGGUUUGGUUUUUCUUGUUUACAAUUGUGAAAUCAUCAAUGGUGGACCGCGAAAUGGAGGUGUGCUUAAUCUCUUGGUAGUAGUGAUUGGUGGCGAGAAAUGACGAGCGCCGGUGAGGAAGACGCCGAUGCCGUGUUGAGCGAUGUGGAAGGUGACGAUCCGGUGCCUGUGCCGAUCGUCAUCAAGAAUCCGUCUCAGGAGGAUGUAUCCGUGGAGAGAUUUCGAGAGCUUCUUGCCGAGGUGGAUCGAGAGCGGCAAGCUCGGGAGGCAGCGGAGAAUUCGAAAUCGGAAUUGCUAGUGGCCUUUAAUCGGUUAAAGAGUCUUGCUCAUGAGGCAAUUAAGAAGCGAGAUGAGAGCACGAGGCAACGGGAUGAGGCAUUGCGUGAAAAGGAAGAAGUUUUGAGAUCAAAUGAUAAAGUUUCGGGGGAAUUGGCGGAAGCAAUCAAAUUGAAAGAUGAGGUUCUGAAGCAGAGGGAUGAGAUUGCUAAGCAAUUGGAUGAGGCGGUGAAGGCAAGGGAAGCCUCACGAUCUGAGAUUGAAACUUCAGCACAAAUGCUUGUGACUGGAAUUGAGAAGAUUUCAGGAAAGGUGAGUAAUUUCAAGAAUUUUACAGCAGGGGGAUUGCCAAGGUCUCAGAAGUACACUGGAUUGCCUGCCAUUGCUUAUGGAGUUAUUAAGAGGACAAAUGAAAUAGUUGAAGAACUUGUUAGACAGAUGGAUGCAACAACUAAGUCCAGGAAUGAUGCUCGUGAACAGAUGGAGCAUAGAAAUUAUGAGAUUGCUAUUGAAGUGUCUCAGCUUGAAGCAACCAUUAGUGGGCUGAGAGAAGAAGUUUCGAAGAAAACAUCUGUUGUUGAGAAUCUGGAGAAAUCUAUGGCUGAGAAGGAUGCAAAGAUAUCAGAUAUGGAAAGAGAGAUGUCAGAGAAGAUUCAACUGGCAGAAAAUGAAAUGUCUGAACUUAAACAAAUAGUCAGUGAGUAUGAUCUUAAGUUGGGGAAUUUGGAAUCAAUAAUGGAGUCACAGAGGCAUCUAUUGUUUGACCAGUUAAAUUUGGUAUCCAAAAUUCAUGACCGAAUUUAUGAUGUUAUCAGGAUUGUUGAUGACAAUAAAUUGGAUCAGUCAGAGGUCUCUGAGUCUUUGUUUCUUCCACAAGCAACAGACAUGGAGGAGAACAUCCGUGCUUCUUUAGCAGGCAUGGAAUCUAUUUAUGAGUUAACCAGAAUUGUUGGAGAAAAGAUAAGGAAUUUAAUGGAGGAUCAGAGUCGUGAAGCAAAGAGUUUAAAUGAAACGGUGACCCGAUUAGUUAAGGAGAAAGAACAAAUCGGAUCUUUCCUGAGAAGUGCUUUGUCAAGAAGGAUGGCAUUAGAUCCAUCAUCCAAAAUGAAAGAGUUGUUUCAAGUUGCAGAAAAUGGUUUAAGAGAGGCUGGGAUAGAAUUCAAAUUUAGCAAUCUUCUUGAGGAUGGGAAGGUUAUGGCGUCUCAUGAUAAAGUUGGUGUUUUGGAAACAGAGGAGGAUGAACUAUACAAUAUGACUGGUGCUUUGGAGCAUAUUGUUAAGGCAUCUCAGCUUGAGAUCAUUGAACUGCAGCAUUCAGUAGAUGAAUUAAGGGCAGAGUCAAGUUUACUUAAAGAGCAUAUGGAGGCUCAAACAAAGGAGCUCAACCAUAGGCAGUGUCGCAUAGAGGAGCUUGAAGAGAAGGAAAGAGUAGCAAAUGAAAGUGUUGAAGGGCUUAUGAUGGAUAUUGCUGCUGCUGAAGAAGAAAUUACAAGAUGGAAAGUGGCAGCAGAACAAGAAGCUGCAGCAGGCAGAGCUGUCGAACAAGAAUUUGUGUCUCAGUUAUCAGCGAUUCGUCAGGAACUCGAAGAGGCAAAGCAAGCUGUGAUGGAGUCGGAGAAAAAGCUCAAAUUCAAAGAAGAGACAGCAGCUGCUGCAAUGGAAGCUAGAGAUGCUGCUGAGAAAUCGUUGAGAUUGGCAGACUUGCGGGCAUCUAGGUUAAGGGAUAGGGUGGAGGAGCUGACUCAUCAGCUUGAGGAGUCUGAUACCAGGGAAGACUCAAGGAGGAGUCGAAAUGGGCCAAGAUAUGUAUGCUGGCCUUGGGAAUGGCUCGGGCUGAACUUUGUAGGUUUACACCAGCCUGACACGAACCAACAGAAUUCAAGAAUGGAGCUUUCCGAACCUCUUCUCUGAGUAUACUCUCUCUCUCUCUCUCUUUUCUUCCUUGUGUAUUUAUGCUGUUUGAAAUCAGAACAGUCAAGAAAUGGUAGUUCAUAGCAUCUUCAUUCUUCCAGGCUCCCUUAAUAGAAAAACUUCAGUGAUCUUGUUUGGCCACCAGGCAAAGUAAAUCUUUACUUUAUGGGGCUUAUUGCUUCCGUCCCAACCCACUUUAUAUUCUCUUGCUAUUGAGUAAGAAAGGAUUCACUACCUGCUUAA